ACCUGCACCGCUGGACACUCCCACCCAUUAGUCUUACGAAUCAGAGCCUGGGCAUGGAAGUCGUCGAGCCGGCAGGAUUGUGCGCUACACCUGCUGCGAUGCAACAGAACAAUCUUUCAGCUCUCCCAGCUCUCUUGCAUCCGUCGCUGCAUCUGCAGGCUUCAAUCAAGCAUCCUCAUCCGCGCACGGUCACACUUGUUCGCGCGGCCCACACGUAUGGAAGACCGACAAUGUGAAAGUCUUGCACGCAUACGAGCCCUUCAGGAGCAUUGCGGCGAUCAGAGCCGAGAUGACGGAGACGGAUUCCCAACAUACUUGGAGCAGAACUCAGGAUGUUGUCGCGUUAGAUGCAGAAUUGAUCUUCACGACCGCGGGCAUGUCAAUCGUCAGGAUCACGCUGGUGGACGAAAGCGGAGAGGUCCUCGUGGAUCAGCUGAUCAAACCUUCAGCGCCAGCAAUCGACUACAAUACGCGCUUCUCUGGUGUCAGCGCUGCUGACUUUGAAGCCGACGCGGCCACCGAAAUUUUCCCGAGCUUGGGAGCUGCGCAAAUGGCAGUGGCCGAAUUCGUGGGUCCCAAGACGGUCCUUAUCGGUCAUGGAUUGGAGAACGACCUGAGAGCGAUGCGUCUGGUUCACGAUCGCGUCGCGGACACGGCUCUGCUGUUUCCUCAUUCGAAAGGUCUGCCAAUGAGACUCAGCCUCAGGGAGCUCGCCAAGCGUCACCUUGGUAUUCUGAUCCAGAUUGCGGGUGCCGCUGGACACAGCUCGUUAGAGGAUGCGCGCGUCGCGCAAGAGAUUGUUCGAUGGAAGCUCGUGGAAGAUCCUCAUUCUUCGCCAUUUCGCGAAAGGAAGCCCAGCGCAGCUGGCUCUACGACGUCCCCAAUCCACCCUGGGCCCGAGUCGCCCGCCCUUGCUAUACAUAGCCCAUCGACGCCUCUCACGGGUGACUUUGGUCAGUACCUGCGCCCACCGCCGAGCCCUUCGCUCAGUGGUCCUGAUGGUGGUGCAGGACCUUCAGAUUCUCACAAUCAAGGACAAGCGAGCGGUCAAACAUUGCCUCUCGCUCGCACUCGCCCUGCACCUCCGCCUCCAAGAGUCAAUCCCAGAGCCGCAGCCUCGCUUUUUGUACCCAAGAAAAGGCCUCCACCUUCUUGAGAGUGUGUCGCAAAGGUACGACGUACUCGCCGCUCGCUUUGUUCUGAACCGCUCGAGGCGCCGUCAGCUGCUUGAUUCAAGACAGUCAAAAGUGUAUAAUCCUCCCUAGGCUCCCCUUGGUUGUCAUUACGACACGUUGUGUCACGUCACGUCAUGUGUUCUAUCACCUUCUUGUAUCACCAUACUUAGCGGCAUCUACGAUUCGUCGUGCGCCGUCUCUCGACGAUGUUCUAAUGUGGAUGUGAAUGCGACGCUGGCUUGAUCCAGCCCACGCACUCGAUUCCGUGCACUCACGAUCGAUUGUGCAGAAGCAGCUUCUCA